AUCCAGUUACUCCUCUGAAAAAUGAACGUUCUCCCCCCAAGCUUUGGCCACUGCUGGGACCUGAUGCCGAGGACCCUGGAGGGGCAGAUCACCAUGGAGAAGACACCCAGUUACUUCGUCACCCGCGAAGCGCCCGCGCGCAUCUCGGCCAUGUCCAAGGACACCAAGCUCAUCGUGGUGGUGCGGGACCCGGUGACCCGAGCCAUCUCGGACUACACGCAGACGCUGUCCAAGCGGCCCGACAUCCCCACCUUCGAGAGCUUGACGUUCAAGAACCGCACGACGGGCCUCAUCGACACGUCGUGGAGCGCCAUCCAGAUCGGCAUCUACGCCAAGCACCUGGAGCCCUGGCUGCAUCACUUCCCCAUCGGCCAGAUGCUCUUCGUGAGCGGGGAGCGGCUCAUCAGCGACCCGGCCGGCGAGCUGGGCCGCGUGCAGGACUUCCUGGGCCUCAAGAGGAUCAUCACCGACAAGCACUUCUACUUCAACAAGACCAAGGGCUUCCCCUGCCUGAAGAAGGCCGAGGGCAGCAGCAAGCCCCACUGCCUGGGCAAGACCAAGGGCAGGACCCACCCCGAGAUCGACCGCGAGGUGGUGCGCAGGCUGCGCGAGUUCUAUCGGCCGUUCAACUUGAAGUUCUACCAGAUGACCGGCCAGGACUUCGGCUGGGAUGGAUGACCAUAUAAUUUAAAAAGAAAAAAAAAAAAUCAGAAUAUAAUAUAUUUUUUUACCAAUCGGUAGAGAAAAGGCAGUUUAAUAUUUGUGCUGAAAAUGUUUGUUUCAGUAUUUUUUUUUUUUUUUUUGCAAUGAAUGUUAAGAGCGUGUUCUCACCUCCUCCCCCAUCUGCUUGUGUCACUGGCCCAAACAUUUGGAUAAACAAAAAAGGAAAACCUCACUCACCGAAAUACUUGGCAAUUUUCGAUUUCUGUUUUAUGUUUUAUAUGCACAAUUAUAAACUCUGAGCAUCGGUCACCAUGAAAACUUUCAAGAAAGUCCUGAGGGUAAAUCAGUCUCUGUUUCUGUCUCUGCCUCUCUCUUUCUGUCUCUCUUUUCACAGGUCCCAGAUAAAACGCUCUCUCCUUACAUUUCCUUCUUUUUUUUUUUCCCGUGCCACUUCUUCAAAACUAUUUCCCAAUUAAUAAUACUCUAGGUUUGCCCACGAUUAUUCACAGUUAACCAACAGUGCUUUCAAAUAAAACACCUUCUCCCAUCUUUGCAUGAUGUGAUAGAAGAAGGUAGCACAUAGAGAUUAAGAUCCCCAUUUUAGAAUAAAGAAACUGAGUCUCAGGAAGGUUGGGCAAAAAACCCCAUCUUCCACUUGUUCCCUUUUUCAUGCCCCUUCUUCCAGAGAGAAUGAGAAGUAAGACAGCUGUACUUUUAGAAACAGUUGGCUAGUUUGGGGAUGAUUGGAGAUAGGACAGAGAGGGUUUCCUAUUUAUUGCCUUCAAAAGUUCGAGGCCAGCCUUGUGACACUCGGUCAUGAGGAGUCACCAGCGUUCAAGGACCCACCACUCAGACCUGGGCACAGUAUCUUUUAAGAGCCAAUCUUGGCUCGUUGAAAUGGCCUGAGCUAUGGAACUCUCAGCUUAGUUGAGGUUGAGAGAAAUUACUGGAUUCUUAUCUGGAGAACGAGAUGGACAAUCACACUAGGAACAGGACAAAAAGUAGUAGGAUAACUUACUUAGUUGUGGUUUUGACUUUUUUUUUUUUUUUAAAGAAAAACCCACUUCAGUAAGAGCUUACAAGUAGGAAUCUCAUUUUUCUUUCGCUCUCUUUUAACAAAGAAAAUCCACUUCUCUUUUUAAUACCUCAUUUCUAAUCCUGGAGCCAAUACUAAAAAGAUGAAUAAAUGUCAUUAUUUUUCAUGGGUGGAGGACUAUCACUUUGUCACUUUAUUUUCCCCACUUCCUGUUUGUACUGAGAAUAACGGAAUAUUCAUUAAUACUUGGAAAAUAUUCUAAGAAAUACAGAUGUGGGUAAAAUGGAGGUUUUUCUUCUCCCAUCUAGUUCUCUCAUCCCCCAUUUAAAUAGCUCAAAUAAAUCAAUAGUUUACUAAAGAGUAUUCCUUUCCUCUCUGAGUGGGCAUUAACAAGAUUAGCAUUAAUGGGAAUUAAAUUGGCUUAGAGAGAAGCACAUGUGCACGAAAUAUAUAAAACAUUUAUAAUUAGUCUGUCAGCAACAUUUUAUUACAGGUUUAAACCCAAGAGGAAAAUGUCUCCUAUCUCCUGGAACUUUUCCAUAUCUGCAAAAAUUUAAAGGAGCAGACACUACGGUAUUCUUAAAUAAUUAUUCUUUAUUUCUCCAGUGGUGUCCAAAGAGACUAAAGUUGCUGGAAAAUAUGCAGAGUGCAAAUGUGCAUCAACCCUAAAUGCUGCAUCAGGUGAAAUAAGUCUUUCCUGAGAGGCCUAACACAGGAUUAAAAUGCAGGGAAAAAAUUAUUUAAGUUUCUAGAUAUUCCAACAUUGCUCCAAACCUUUGAAUUUCUGUAUGAAUAUCCCGUUUAUGAGAGUUAAAAAGAAAAAAAAUCCCAGGUCUCCUUUGCCCAGUUGAUUUUAAGGUGCCCUUAAUUUUCCAACUCAACACCCUGUUUUCGCUGUACUUAAAUCAUCACUUUUAGAAACAAGAUACUCAUCUUAAACUCUUUGCAUCUUUUCUCUUAACUCGUUUUGUUUGUGCCUCUGAUCCUUUUCUAAGCAUUUACUUGGCAAUAAGCAAACAUAGCUUGCACAAGGAAAGGAGUGCAUCUAACACUUGUAUUGGGCAAUCUUCCUCUUUCUGUGUUAAGAAAUAAUAAAAACGGAAUUGAGUUCAAAGCA